AUGCGCCUUCGUAGCGGAGCUCAGAUACCACCACCGCCACCUCGAACCAACUUUCCUCUACCUCAAGAGCUUCGUGAUCAGAUCUAUGGCUACCUGCUCCACUCUGAGUCUGCGGCAGUCGAAGCAAGCGAGGUAGUGAAGCAAGACUACGUCGAUUGCAAUUUUGGUCGGAAAUAUUUCUUCGAGACUGCGAUUCUGGCUGUCAACUCCAUCAUCGGUGAAGUGGCUGCAGAAUACCUCUACACGCAGAACACUUUCGUGCUGGUCACCGUCACCGGACCCGACAUCUCACGGUUGCUCAACAUCCACGACGUUCCGAUUGUUUGCAAGCAGCGCUUUCGCUCAAUCGAUCAGUACGCCUUCUCCAUCGACAUUCAAUGGCCCAAUCCAGCCUAUUCGAAGCUCUCUUCCGCUCGGGUGACGGAUAGCCCGGUCAGCAACCGCAGUAUUUUCACAAUGCUGCUGCCGGAUCUGGCGAGUCUUUUCAACAUGUUGAGAGUGCAGUGCCAGUCCAUACCACCUGACUGUGCGUAUGUAUGCUCCGCGGUCGGCGCUGAUCUGGUACUCUCCUCCUCCGCCAUGAAAGAUAACGACGAGCCAGUAGCACCCAAGAUCGAAAUCCAACGCACGGCCGAUCGUCCUUUGCUUGCCAAGCAUCAGUCUGAGAUUUUGGCAGCCAUCGCAGUGGCUGAAGGUUGUGGACACAACCUGAGCGUCCAUGGUCUCAAGGACAGGCAGAAACUUGAUGAGACAGUCGCGACGCUUUGCCACAAAAUAGUUUGGCUGCAGUCAUGGCUCUGGGAACAUUUUGACGCGGUGCUGGCCCUGAAGCGGAACGCAGAUCGCUCGUUCAUGACUGGCUGGAAUGUUGCAGCAAUACAUCGCUACUAUUACGCCUUUGAACUGGCGGACUCCGAUUCUGUAGCUCAAAUGGCGUGGAGGCUCGUCUUACAUGGAUCGGCCGAGUUUGGCUCUCUGCAGCUACGUAUGUGUUGCCUUUUCUUCGAUAUCGCGAUCAAUUUGGCAGCGUUGCAUCUCUAUCUCUGUGAUGACGACGAAGCCGACGUAGCACUCACAUGGAUGCGACAGAAUAUAACCUGGACCGAUCUAUCUGGCCGCCAACAACGGUAUUACGUCCACAUCUCUCUGGUCCAGGCGGCUUUGCGUUGUUGUACGCUGGACCGCUUCACGGAUGGUAGCAAGGCGUGGCUCAAAGCCUGGCUGAGUUAUGCCAAGAUGUGGCCUUCGGUGUUCCAUACAGAUAUCGCGAAAGCAGAUUUCGCGGCAAUUGAGCAAGCAAUUACGGAGUGCAAGACCGAGGGGCCAGAUUUGACAUUCCCGCUUGAGUACAAAUCGCUUUCCUUCGCUCGUCAUCCUAUCGUGAGCGACAGUCAGAAUGACGCCCUGCUCCGCUGUCCUGGUCGACCUGAAGGAGACAAAGGCCUGGCCAAUCAGUCCCAUCUGGCAAGACUGACAGAGGAGGAGAGAGGACGGAUCUGCGAGUUCCAGAAGGAGCACAAGCUACCGAUCAGCGAUUUCUUGCAGACCUAG